AAAUUGGUUUUUGACAUUUUAUUUAUAAACAACUUUACUCGCGCUAUAAUACAAAUUAUAAAAUUAAAACCUUUGAAUAUAAUUUUAUUUAAAUAAAUAGUUAUUUAAAACAUCAAAAUGGCAGAUGACGAGAAGAAAGGAGAUGAUUCCAAAAGAGUAGUAAAUACGUAUCCUCUAAUAAGGCAUUCUGAUAUGUCCGACGAAACUCAAAAUGAAGCUGCUGAAAUAGUAACUACAGCUUGUGAAAAAUUUGCAGCCAAUAAUGAGGAAGCUGCAAAAAUGAUAAAACUGCAAAUGGACAAAAAGUUUGGUCCUCCAUAUAACGUAGUUGUUGGCGAAGCAUAUGGAUUUGAAAUUUCUUAUGAAAUCGGAAAUGUGUGUUACUUGUUUUUUGGUGGAAAUAUAGCAGCAGUCAUUUGGAAAUAAAUUGAAGUUAUUUUUUAAUUUUUUAACCACUUACUUGAAAAAAUUAUUGAUUAAAUCGUUUAUAUACAAUAUU